AUGGCUGACUCGUGAGUUGCUCCGAGAGAAGAGCUCAAUCGGAAAUGCGCAUUACAGAGCACAGAAGAGACCGUCGGAGAGAACUGCGGAGCCGAAGACAAAGCAAAGAAAGGUAUGUGAUGUUGAAAGUGAGCAGGUUCAGGUGCAACAAGAGCAGCAGGCUCCGUCGGAGGUGAGUUCUAAUGCUCCGUUUCAGAUGAACCCAUUCGAACAGAAUGAUCCGGAAGGAGACAACGUUGAAUGGGUGCAGAUUGAGGAGGAUGAGGUCGUGCCGGAGGAUCAGGAAGAAGACAACGUUGAAUGGGUGCAGAUUGAGGAGGAUCAGGUGAUGCCGGAGGAUCAGGAAGGAGACAACGUUACCUGGGUGCAGGUGCCCGAGGAUCAGGUGUUCUAUGACUACCUCCCAGUGGAGCAGCAGGAGGUGGGUGAUAAUGUUCCAUUGCAGCAGUACCCAUCCGAGAACAAUGGUACUCAUGGGCAACAAGUGCUCAUUCAAGAGCAGAUCGAAGAUGAGCAACUUAUGCGGGAAUUCUUUUACAGCCCAGAGCAACAGCAAUGGAACAACCAAGUGGAGAACGUGGAGAACGUGGUUCCAAGGAGCGAAUGUGAUGCCGUCCCAGGUGAGUGCAAAUGCACCAUUUCAGAACAACUGGCACGUGGAGCACCAGUACCAACAACACCAUAAUGGCUUCCAAGGACAGAACGGAAACGUCGAGAAUCAGCGGAUGCCGACUGCUCCAGGGACGAAUGGCCAAUGGAAUCCGGAACCGAGGCAGCCACAUUAUUAA